AUGGUGACCAAGACACAGGAGACUGAGUUGAGCAAUCUGGAGAGCCAGGUGGACAAUGGAGGAGGAGGGGCUUGGGAGUACCUCUGCCUGGUCAGGAAUCUCAAGGUCCGGCGUUCUGAGAAAGUUUUGAAGCAUGGGCUAUCGAUCCUCAGCGACCCCAAAAAGCGAUCCAGCCUUGGCCCCGAUGAAUGGACACUAUAUGAGCAAGUAGCAAUUGCAGCUAUGGACUGCCAAUGUCUUGAUGUUGCAAAGGAUUGCAUAAAGGUUCUACAGAAAAGAUUUCAGGAGAGCAAAAGGGUUGGUAAGCUGGAGGCAUUGUUGCUUGAAGCAAAGGGAUUCUGGGAAGAGGCAGAAAAAGCUUACUCAAGCCUCUUAGAAGAUAAUCCAUUAGAUCAAGCAAUACAUAAGAGGAGGGUAGCUAUGGCAAAGGCACAAGGAAAUAUUUCUGGGGCCAUUGAAUGGCUCAAUAAAUAUCUUGAAAUAUUUAUGGCUGAUCAUGAUGCCUGGAGAGAGCUGGCUGAAAUAUAUGUCUCCUUGCAAAUGUACAAGCAAGCGGCAUUUUGCUAUGAGGAGCUAAUAUUAUCUCAACCCAUGGUACCCCAGCACCACUUGGCGUAUGCUGAUGUGCUUUAUACAAUUGGUGGACUAGAGAACCUUCAGACUGCAAAGAAAUACUAUGCAUCCACCAUAGACUUGGCCGGUGGCAAAAAUACCCGGGCUCUCUUCGGAAUUUGUUUGUGUUCUUCUGGCAUCGGACAGCUUUCUAAAGGGCGGAACAAAGAUGACAAGGAAAGCCCAGAGCUGCAAGCUCUGGCAGCAACAGCUUUGGAGGCAGACUACAAGCAGAGAGCAUCUGACAAGCUUCCUCUGCUUACCACUGCCCUAAAAAGCUUGAAAGUUUCGUCAUGACUUCCCUGAUUAUUG